AUGCGUUUCACCAUCAUCGCCGCUUCGCUCGUCGCAGCUGUUGCUGCUCAGUACGGUGCUCCCGCUGAGGAGUCCUGCUCUGCUCUCGUCACUGUCACUGUCACCGAGACUAUGCAGCACACCCCCGUUGCUCCCUCCAUGAGCUCCGCCUACUACCCCACCACCGCCCCCAUGGCCCCCUCCUCCGCCCCCGUCAUGGGCGGUACCGGUGUUCCCAUGGUCCCCGAGGCGUCCUCCGUCGGCACCGGAUACGCCAUGCCUACUGGCACUGCCGCCCCUACUGGCAGCAUGACUGGUCCUCCCCCCUCUGAGUUCACUGGUGCCGCUUCUGGCCUCAAGGUCGGUGGUGCGCUCGCCGGUGUCGGUGCCGUUGCUGCUUUCUUCUUGUAG